AUGGAGUACAGACUGCAGAACACGGUACUGUUAGCCAUCCUGCUGGUGUCUCAAGGUUUUCUUGGUCUGCAGGCACAAACGGAUGGCGAAAGCAACGAUACAUGGGCUGGAAAAUCCUGCAAAUGUGAUUGCGAUGAUUCCUCCAGCAAGAUGCUUUCCAAGGGUUCAUCAAGUUGGCCACAGGAGAUGGGCUGCAUGCCAGAGUGUCCCUACCAUAAACCUCUGGGUUUUGAGGCAGGAUCUAUAUCUUCAGAUCAGAUCAGCUGCUCUAAUGAAGACCAGUACACAGGCUGGUUCUCCUCCUGGACGCCAAACAGGGCAAGACUAAACAGCCAAGGAUUUGGAUGUGCCUGGCUGUCCAAGUUCCAGGAUACCAGCCAGUGGCUUCAGAUUGACCUGAAGGAGGUGAAAGUGGUUUCUGGAAUCCUGUCCCAGGGCCGCUGUGACUCUGAUGAGUGGGUUACCAAGUACACUAUGCAGUACCGCAUUAAUGACAGUCUCAACUGGAUCUACUACAAAGACCAAACUGGAAACAACAGGGUGUUCUAUGGGAACUCCGACCGCUCUUCCACAGUCCAGAACCUGCUGCGUCCACCAAUCGUAGCACGCUACAUCCGUAUCCUCCCUCUUGGCUGGCACACUCGCAUCGCCAUGCGCUUGGAGCUGCUGCUUUGCAUGAAUAAAUGCGCCUGAUCUAGCUAAUAAGCAAAGCCAUUCCCAACUAUUUCCUUUACACCAUCCAUUUCUUCUAUCACAACAUGCCAAAGUGAAUAUCACUGGCCAAUCUGUUUUAUUUA